AUGGCUACCCCGACUGUCCUUACCUUUGAUACUGAGGGUCGUGCUGUUGACUUUGAGGUCUGGGUCGAUGACCACCAGCUGUUCUUACAGUGCGAUAGGGCGGACGGCCUCUCACUGUUCGAUCUCACCUUUGGUGUCUCUCCUGCCCCGCCUGCUACUGCUGUCAACACUGUUCGCUCACAGUGGGCCACGCGCAAUGCUGCUACACGUCUUGCUGUGCUCACCUGGCUCCCUGACUCCCUUCGCUUAGUCAAGGACCACUUCCUCUCAGUUUGCCCCACCACACUCACCGUUGACCUCCUCGAGGAGCGCCUCCUAGCAGCAGAGAAGAGCAUAGUCGCUGUAGGAGUCUUUCGUGGUGACCCUCGCAACCCCGUCUUUGAGGGGUGUUCUCCCUCCCCCCUCUUGCCCUUUGUUGCUUCUGCUGUUGCGGCCGACCUCGUUGGUUUCGAGUCGGUCGGCGCUGCGUCUGUCCCUAGCGGGAAGCGCCGCACCGGCAAGGGCAAGGGGGGCAAGGGCGCUGGGGGGGCUAGUGGGGGCGGUGGAGGUGGUGGUGGAGGCAGUGGAGGGGGUGGGGGUGGUGGUGGGAGUGGUGGCGGGGGUGGAGGUGUCGGUGGCAGUAGUGGAGGCGGAGGAGGUGGCGGUGGUGGCGGAGGGAGCGGAGGCGGCGGCGGUGGCGAAAGCGGCGGAGGUGGCGGAGGCGGCGGAGAUGGCGGUGGAGCUGGUCGCGGCUCUGCGCAAAGGAGUGGCUCCGGUGGUGGUCCGCGCCAGCAGCAGCAGCGCGGUCGUGAGACCCUGUUCCCUCAGCAGCUUCGUGAGUGGUACGCUGGGCGUCAGCGGGGUGGGGGUACUGGUCCCUGCACCUACGUCAUUCGUACAGGCGAACGCGCUGGUGAGCAGUGCGGGGGCACGCACUCCACUAAGCGCUGCUUCGGCCGCCUGACGGACGCUUGGCGUCAUCAGUUCCCUGAUGCCACAGAGAUCCCUCGUUGGGAAGAGCUGUCUAGGGCGGGGUCAGCUAUCUUUGAUCUUGACUAUGAUGUUAUUCUUGCUGCCAUUUAUGCUGUGUCUACUAGUGAUGAGGGUGACAGUUACCUGUGUGUUCCGCCUGACCCGGGCAUUGAGGCUGCUGCUCUAGGUGCUGGUGAGGCUGCUGCUCUAGGUGCUAGUGCGUCUGCUGCCCCAGGUGCUGGUGAGUCUGCUCUCUCAGGUACUACGUCGGCUCAGGCCUUGCACACCUUCACCCUUUACUCAGGUGCUUCCCGCUCCUUCUUUCGAGACCGCACCACGCUUACGCCGCUUAGUCGGCCGGUUGCGGUCUCCCUGGCGGACCCCUCUGGGGGUCCUGUCCUUGCUAGCUUCUCCACUGUCUUACCGUGUCCGGUAGCCCCCUCUGGCACCCUAAAAGGUCUCUACCUCCCCUCGUUCUCUACGAACUUGGUAAGUGGAGCUGAUCUACAGGAUCGGGGGGUUGACCAGUUCACACCUGCGAGUCAGCGGGUGACCCACUGUACGUGUGCUCGGACGGGCCGACACUUGGCCGCGUUUACCUGUCAGCCGGGGUCGAGCCUGUACACACUCACCACUGAGUCUCCUCCUUUUACUGCGUCUGGUCAGGCAGCUGCGUCGAGUCAGGUGUUGCCGAGAUCUACGUAG